AUGGCGGAGACCAGACACAAUUCACACUCGGACUCGAACCGGCCCGAGCACAACUCACACUCUGACUCGAACCGGCCCGAGUACAAUUCACACUCGGACUCGAACCGGCCCAAGUACAUUUCACACUAUGACUUGAACCGGCCCGAGUACAAUUCACACUCCGUCUCGAACCGGCCCGAGCACAACUCACACUCGGACUUGAACCGGCCAGAGUACAAUUCACACUCGGACUCGAAUCGGCCCGAGUACAAUUCACACUCUGACUCGAACCGGCCCGAGUACAAUUCACACUCUGACCCGAACCGGCGUGAGCACAACUCACACUCUGACUCGGACCACCUGAGCACAACUCACACUCUGACUCGAACCACCCGAGCACAACUCACACUCAGACUCGAAUCGGCCCGAGCACAAUUCACACUUGGACUCGAACCGGCCCGAUCAGACUCGAACCGGCCCGAGUACAAUUCAGACUCGGACUCGAACCGGCCCGAGUACAAUUCACACUCGGACUCGAACCGGCCCGAGUACAACUCACACUCAGACUCAAACCGGCCCGAGCACAACUCACACUCGGAUUCGAAUCGGCCCGAGCAGAAUUCACACUCGGACUCGAACCGGCCCAAGUACAAUUCACACUCUGACUCGAACCGGCCCGAGUACAACUCACACUCGGACUCAAACCGGCCCGAGCACAACUCACACUCGGACUCGAACUGGCCCGAGCACAAUUCACACUCGGACUCGAAUCAGCCCGAGUACAACUCACAUUCUGAUUCGAACCGGCCCGAGUACAACUCACACUCUGACUCGAACCGGCCCGAGCACAACUCACACUCGGACUCAAACCAGCCCGAGCACAAUUCACAGUCCGACUCCAACCAGCCCGAGUACAAUUCACACUCUGACUCAAACCGGCCCGAGCACAAUUCACACUCUGACUCGAACCGGCCUGAGCACAAUUCACAGUCUGACUCGAACCACCCGAGUACAACUCACACUCUGACUCGAACCACCCGACACAAUUCACACUCGGACUCGAACCGGCCCGAGCACAACUUACACUCUGACUCGAACCGGCCCGAGUACAAUUCACACUCGGACUCGAACCGGCCCAAGUACAAUUCACACUCUGACUCGAACCGGCCCGAGUACAAUUCACACUCCGUCUCAAACCGGCCCGAGCACAACUCACACUCGGACUUGAACCGGCCAGAGUACAAUUCACACUCGGACUCGAAUCGGCCCGAGUACAAUUCACACUCUGACUCGAACCGGCCCGAGUACAAUUCACACUCUGACCCGAACCGGCCUGAGCACAACUCACACUCUGACUCGGACCACCCGAGCACAACUCACACUCUGACUCGAACCGGCCCGAGUACAACUCACAGUCAGACUCGAACCGGCCCGAGUACAAUUCAGACUCGGACUCGAACCGGCCCGAGUACAACUCACACUCAGACUCAAACCGGCCCGAGCACAACUCACACUCGGAUUCGAAUCGGCCCGAGCAGAAUUCACACUCGGACUCGAACCGGCCCAAGUACAAUUCACACUCUGACUCGAACCGGCCCGAGUACAACUCACACUCGGACUCAAACCGGCCCGAGCACAACUCACACUCGGACUCGAACUGGCCCGAGCACAAUUCACAGUCCGACUCCAACCAGCCCGAGUACAAUUCACACUCUGACUCAAACCGGCCCGAGCACAAUUCACACUCUGACUCGAACCGGCCUGAGCACAAUUCACACUCUGACUCGAACCACCCGACACAAUUCACACUCGGACUCGAACCGGCCCGAGCACAACUCACACUCUGACUCGAACCGGCCCGAGUACAAUUCACACUCGGACUCGAACCGGCCCAAGUACAAUUCACACUCUGACUCGAACCGGCCCGAGUACAAUUCACACUCGGACUCGAACUGGCCCGAGCACAACUCACACUCGGACUCGAACCGGCCAGAGUACAAUUCACACUCUGACCUGAACCGGCCCGAGUACAACUCACAUUCUGACUCGAACCGGCCCGAGUACAACUCACACUCUGACUCGAACCGGCCCGAGCACAACUCACACUCGGACUCAAACCAGCCCGAGCACAAUUCACAGUCGGACUCCAACCAGCCCGAAGUACAAUUCACACUCGGACUCGAAUCGGCCCGACACAACUCACACUCUGACUCGAACCGGCCCGAGUACAACUCACAGUCAGACUCGAACCGGCCCGAGUACAAUUCACACUCGGACUCGAACCGGCCCGAGUACAACUCACACUCAGACUCAAACCGGCCCGAGCACAACUCACACUCGGAUUCGAAUCGGCCCGAGCAGAAUUCACACUCGGACUCGAACCGGCCCAAGUACAAUUCACACUCUGACUCGAACCGGCCCGAGUACAACUCACACUCAGACUCAAACCGGCCCGAGCACAACUCACACUCGGACUCGAACUGGCCCGAGCACAAUUCACACUUGGACUCGAAUCGGCCCGAGUACAACUCACAUUCUGAUUCGAACCGGCCCGAGUACAACUCACACUCUGACUCGAACCGGCCCGAGCACAACUCACACUCGGACUCAAACCAGCCCGAGCACAAUUCACAGUCCGACUCCAACCAGCCCGAGUACAAUUCACACUCUGACUCAAACCGGCCCGAGCACAAUUCACACUCUGACUCGAACCGGCCUGAGCACAAUUCACACUCUGACUCGAACCACCCGAGUACAACUCACACUCUGACUCGAACCACCCGACACAAUUCACACUCGGACUCGAACCGGCCCGAGCACAACUCACACUCUGACUCGAACCGGCCCGAGUACAAUUCACACUCGGACUCGAACCGGCCCAAGUACAAUUCACACUCUGACUCGAACCGGCCCGAGUACAAUUCACACUCGGACUCGAACUGGCCCGAGCACAACUCACACUCGGACUCGAACCGGCCAGAGUACAAUUCACACUCUGACCUGAACCGGCCCGAGUACAACUCACAUUCUGACUCGAACCGGCCCGAGUACAACUCACACUCUGACUCGAACCGGCCCGAGCACAACUCACACUCGGACUCAAACCAGCCCGAGCACAAUUCACAGUCGGACUCCAACCAGCCCGAAGUACAAUUCACACUCGGACUCGAAUCGGCCCGACACAACUCACACUCUGACUCGAACCGGCCCGAGUACAACUCACAGUCAGACUCGAACCGGCCCGAGUACAAUUCAGACUCGGACUCGAACCGGCCCGAGUACAAUUCACACUCGGACUCGAACCGGCCCGAGUACAACUCACACUCAGACUCAAACCGGCCCGAGCACAACUCACACUCGGAUUCGAAUCGGCCCGAGCAGAAUUCACACUCGGACUCGAACCGGCCCAAGUACAAUUCACACUCUGACUCGAACCGGCCCGAGUACAACUCACACUCGGACUCAAACCGGCCCGAGCACAACUCACACUCGGACUCGAACUGGCCCGAGCACAAUUCACACUCGGACUCGAAUCGGCCCGAGUACAACUCACAUUCUGAUUCGAACCGGCCCGAGUACAACUCACACUCUGACUCGAACCGGCCCGAGCACAACUCACACUCGGACUCAAACCAGCCCGAGCACAAUUCACAGUCCGACUCCAACCAGCCCGAGUACAAUUCACACUCUGACUCAAACCGGCCCGAGCACAAUUCACACUCUGACUCGAACCGGCCUGAGCACAAUUCACACUCUGACUCGAACCACCCGAAGUCGAAUCGGCCCGAGCACAAUUCACACUUGGACUCGAACCAGCCUGAGUACAACUCACAGUCAGACUCGAACCGGCCCGAGUACAAUUCAGACUCGGACUCGAACCGGCCCGAGCACAACUCAGACUCGGAUUCGAAUCGGUCCGAGCAUAAUUCACACUCGGACUCGAACCGGCCCGAGUACAACUCACACUCGGACUCGAAUCGGCCCGAGCACAAUUCACAGUCGGACUCGAAUCGGCCCGAGCACAAUUCACAGUCGGACUCCAACCAGCCCGAGUACAAUUCACACUUGGACUCGAACCGGUCCGAGCACAACUCACACUCUGACUCGAACCACCCGAGCACAAUUCACACUCGGACUCGAACCGGCCUGAGUACAAUUCACACUCAGACGCGAACCGGCCCGAGUACAAUUCACACUCUGACUCAAACUGGCCCGAGUACAAUUCACACUCUGACUCAAACCGGCCCGAGUACAAUUCACACUCGGACUCGAACCAUCCGACCACAAUUCACACUCGGACUUGAACUGGCCUGA